GAGUUGACAGAAACAGUGAAUACCUCGCCGGUUAGACAUACGUGUCCACACCAACAACGGAAUCCCUUGUCGCUUCCUAUACAAAAGGCUUAGCUUAAACGAAAAGAGGGAUCAAGACAAGAUGGUCAGGUCUACAAUGAUAUUCAGGGUGACGGAUGGUUUGCCAUUGGCUGCGAGCGUAGAUGACGAGUCGACAGAGAAGGAUCUCGUCGAGCAAAAGCAACAGUCCAAGUUGUUGUGUAGGAGGAUGACUGACAGGAGCGAGCCGGCUUGUUCGAUAGAGAGCGGGAAAUUCACAAUACACUACCUCCUCGUGGACCAGGUAGUCUACCUCGCCGUCUGUGACGGAUCUUAUCCUCGAAAAUUGGCGUUUUCCUACUUGGACGAACUGAGCAAGGAGUUCCAAAGGAGUUAUGAGAGCCAGAUCGCUAGUGCGAAUCGACCAUAUUGUUUCCGUGGUUUCGAUACCUUCAUCUCAAAAACCACUCGACUCUAUCAAGACCCUCACACUGCCCAAGCCUCGGCGCCCAUGUCCAACAUGGACAAGCUCAAUACCGACCUACAGGACGUGACAAGGAUCAUGACCAAGAACAUGGAAGACUUGCUCUGGCGUGGAGAUAGUCUCGACCGUAUGGGUCAGCUAUCGUCCUCGCUGAAGACCGAAUCUGCCAAGUACAAGCGAGCUGCGAGGAACAUCAACCUUCAAGCUAUGCUGCGCAAGUGGGCUCCAGUAGGAGGGAUCGGUUUCUUCACGAUCUUGUUUCUGUGGUGGAGAUUCUUCUGAGCAACGGCGGAUCAUGCUGCGAGAAGCCAUGAAGGGGAGGUACUGGUCGCCAUCAGAGUGGCCUUGUCGUUGUGGUUGUAAUUGUCAUCAUCUAACGUGUUUUUUUACGACGGACAUUUUUUUGAGCGAUGCGCUACCUGGACAUCCUCUCUGAGC